AACAAGCUGAUCAAACAAGCAGAAAGUUCAAGUUCUUUAACACGAACUUCAGGCAUCAAAUAUCACUGAUGGAAAGCAAAAACGCUGCCAUUGCACUUGAAUGUGGAGCGACUAAGACCCAAUUUGACAGCAUGGUUGAAAUUCAUCCUUCAGCAGCAGAGGAGUUUGUGACCAUGCGAUCAGUCACAAGGUGUGUUUCAAACCCAAAGAUGAAUUUUUAGGGUAUCAACUCAUGUAUUGUGGCAGAAAUAUAGAUAAGUAAAAAAUUGGUAGAGGCUAUUUUCCAUUGGUAUUCUCAUGAUAAAUGGUUGUUUCAUUACACUGUUUAUCUAGAAGUAUUCUAGAUAUAACAAGAACAUGUAAUUUGUUUCUUUUCAUCUCAUUAUCAUAUCAUUUCGAUUGGGUUGUCUUUUGUAAUGCAGAAUCAUCUUCAAUGAGCUCCCAUUUUUUCAUUUUCAAGACAUCAACCAUGUAUAUAAUAGGAAGAAAAUAAAGAAAUCUGAAAAUA